UACGUCAUAAAUGUGUCGAACGGGUUGUUAUAAUAGAAAGAAUGCAAUGACUAGUAAUAUAUGCGUCGAGUUUGUGGGCAUUCAAUGAGUUAUACGUUAUAUUUGUCACAGUUUUAGAAUGUUUCGCAAUGUUAUUGUUUUAGCGCUUUAUUAGCACUAAAUUGAGGACACAUUUUGAGGCAUUGUUUGACACGUUUUGACAAUAAGUGAAUCAAUUGCUGGAUAUUGUGAACCAUUGAUGACAUGGAUGAAGACGAACUUGAUUUUGAAGAGUACGACUUCGGAGGAGUCGACGACCUAUUGUAUGAACCGUCAGAAGCUAAUGACACCAAAGAAAAUAACGAGAAUGAAGAUGAAGUCGAAGACAAUAUUGAAGACGAAGUCGAAGAUAAUAUUGAAGACAAAGUCGAAGACAAAAUUGAAGAUAAAGUUGACGACAAAGUUAGCAAAAGUGAUAACAAGCAGAAGCCUGUCGUAGCCAACGAUGAUGAUAGCGAUAGUUCCAGUUGGGGAUCAGAUCCUGAAGAUCCUGAUACUAAUGAUAGUCCUCUCAAUACCAAUGAAAAUACCAACGAUAGCACUAAAGCAAGUGAUGACACCAAUGGAACCAAUGAUAAUAAUAAUGAUUCAAAAAAUAAAGACAAAAAUACUGUCAUUGAGACCAUCGAUGACGAUGAAGAAGACUCCGACAAUGCUUUUGAUAAUUUAGAAAAAUUGCUGGCUUUGGCUGAAAACACUUCAGGCAAGUCAUCAGCGAAUAAACAGACGUCAGAAAGUUCCACUUUAAAGCCUAUAUCAUAUCAUUCAAAGACAUCAACAGUGAAACCAUCAGUGCCACCAAAGACAUCAUCUGUUUCAUCGGUGACUACAACGUUAGUGAAUUCAAAAACUACAACUUCUUUAUCAGUUGCGAAGUCAUCAUCGACUGCAAAGAUGUCAACACCUAUACAAUCAUUUACCAAAACAUCAGAUAAAACUGCUUCGGCAUCAAUGCCAUCGUUUAACUCAAUGCUUUCAUUGACUACAAAGUCACCGAUGACAUCAACUUCAAAAGCAAUGGCCCCUAAGUCAAACAUAUCGGUGGCAAACACACAUAUUAGCAAAUCCGUAACGAAAAUACCAUCAGUGACACCGGUGUCUAAUGCAAAGACAACAACAGUGACGCCAAGUUCGUCCACAAAGACAGUAUCCGUCGAACCGACUUCAAUGGCUAAGAGAUCAAUGCCGCCGACAUCAAUGGCAAAAAGAACAGGUAUCCCGACUUCAUCGACAAAAUCAAUUUCUGAGUCUCCAAUUUCAACUGCAAAAACAAUAUCAGUGACUCCUAGUUCAGCACCAAAGUCAGCAUCGGUUGCAUCUUCUAAAUUAGCAGAAAAAAGUUUGGUAACCACUUCUUCGACGUCGAUUCUUUCAUUUUCAUCGAUAUUCUCAUCACCUAAGAAAGCAACAACAACAUCAACAAACAUCUCAUUGCCAAUUACAUCAUCAAUGACCACAAUUUCAUCUACAAUGCCCAUUACAUUAUCAACAACAGCAUCAUCAUUAUCAAUGGUACCAUCAGUAACGACAACAACAGCUACAUCAACAGUUCCUGCGCUUAGGAAGAAGACAGAGGAUUUAGAUAUUUUAUAUUACAAUGCAAUGAGACAUUACUUAAAAUAUAAAACAAUUAAACCCGGAUAUAAUGCCAACGAUUUUAAGUAUGAGUCCAGACGUUUCAAAAUUGGUAAAAAUGGAGUUUUAUUCUGUAAUAAUAAAGAAGUUGUCGAAACUGAAGAAAAACAGAGAAAGAUAUGUAUUGAAUACCAUUUGAAUCCGAAAGGAAAGACAGCCAAAACAGGACAUCGAGGUGUUAAGGCUACUGUCACUGCCAUUAGCAGCAAAUACUUUUGGGGGACCAUUGAAUAUGAUAUUAAAAACCUAAUAAAACAGUGCCGUAUAUGUAAUCCAUUGGAUUACGAUUUAACAUCAUUUCAAUUGUGGAAAUACAUCGAAGUCGGUAUCAUUGACAGUGUACUCAUUGUUCGCGAUUUGAACAAAAAGUCGUCGAUCUUUAACUGCGGAUAUCUUCAAGAAAUGAAUGCCAAAAAUUUGUCCAAACAUUUGAUUGGCUUAUUUCAAACAUAUGGCACACCAAACGCCAUUCGUAUUGUUUUAGCACAAGAAAUACAAACUAAGUUUACUGAAGAACUGAGAAAUUAUCUUCGCAUUGAUUUACUUGACUUUAUAGAUGUGGUUGAAAAGGUUAGUGAAGAUCACAAAGAAUUCGAUAGCAAUGAAGAGGUGAUCAAACUUCCAAUGGUUGACAUACAGCUGCAGAUUGGAAAUGACGAUAAUUGUCCCAAAGAUGAUAAAGAUUUGCUCACAAAGUUUGCAAUCGUUGAAAAUGAAGACAUUUCUGUUUUUAUAAUAUUUUCAUGUAAUCAGUGGUUAAUUAAACAUUCGUUGUUUACAAGUAUUUCAACAGAUAUUCAAAAUUUCACUAAACGUUACAGUGAUUGGAGACGAAGGAUGCCAUUACUAACACUUUAUUUUCAGACAAUUAACAUUAAUUCGAACAUUAAUGACAUCGAGGAAGAGGUUAAGGUCGAAGUGAAUACUCCCAGAGAAAAAAGACAGAAUUGGAAUGAAAUUAAGCGAUUGCAGUCAGAUUUGAAGACAUCGCGACCGAGUGAUUAUAAGAGAAAACUAAAGCCACCGAAAGAGGAGGACUUUAUCGGACCGCUGUCAUCGGAUUUUGGCGAUUCGGACGACGAAACAUCGAAACAUUCAAAUGCGUCGACAAACAGAAAACGCAAGAAUAGUGACGAUUCGAAAGUCUUCGCCAAGAAGAUGAGGCCAUUCAAAGAAGCGCAACGGGAGGCAAAGGAAAUCAUUAAUAUCGACGAUUCAUCCGAUUCACAGUCAAAUAUUUCAUUCAAGUCAAAAGUAUCUUCAUCUACAUCAGCGCCUGUCAUAACUGAAAGUUCACAAUCAAUUGAGGUAAUCCCCGAUAUAACCGAACCAUCCGGAUCUCAGUCGAGUGAUGUAUCAGAACUUAGUCGUUAUUAUCGAAAUAAGGAGAAAGCUAUUGCUGGAGAAAUUGAUUUUGAAAAUUCAAAUGAUUUUCAAAAUGAAACCGAAGAACACAAUUCAAGACAAACUAAUAGUGAAGAAGACAUUGCAGAUAAUGAUAAGGAAGAAAACAUGGAAAUCGAUGGUAUGACUGAUAUACCUAAUGGUAACACAAAUAAGAUGAUUGAGAAUAAUAUUGAAGAUUCGAAUGACGACUCAAAUUAUUCUGCAAAUAAUAAUUCUAACGAUGAUAUAGAUGUCGACGAGGAAUCAAUGGACGAGGACUCGGAUGACAACAAUUGGAGUGAAGAUAGCGAAGUAAAUGUCGAAAAAAAGAAGAAAACGAAACCAAAAAAGAAUAAGAAUAACAACAACAAGAAAAAGAGUGAGAAUAGCAAUAAUAAGAUAAAUAAAUUGAGAAAACAGAUGAGUAGUCUUCAUAAGAGUAUUAAUAGUAUAAAAAAUCACAAUAAUGUUCACAACAACAAUAAUAAUAAUAAUAAUAAUAAUAAUAAUAAUAGCAAUAAUAGUAAUGAGAGACAACAGCCAAACAAUAAUAUUAAAGAGAACUUAUAA